AGGCACAUGACAUACGACAACUUUGUGGCCAUUAUCAUCCAGUUUUUACCCAAAGGGGGACUUUAUGAUGCGUCUGUCCCAGUCUGUGUGUGCGUCCACAAGACAGUCACGUUGUUUACAGUGAUACUUUGCCUCAUUCUCUCGUCCACACAGGUAGAAAAAAUAGAAAACCCUCCACGUACGCACGACUGGCCGUACAUUCCUCCGUGUAGGAUAAACGUGUGCUGUUGAUUCCGUGUCUGGGCGACUGAUUGGCUAUUUUAUAUCGAAUAAACAUGACAGGGAUAGUACAGUAGGAUAUCAACAGGCCAGAAAGGCAACAUCGAGACUGAUAUAAAUUCAAAGUGUUAUCGAGCUGGCUGAGGUCGCUUCUAAAAGAAAAGGAGGAGGGGUGAACAAAAGCAGAAAUGCCCAGACUGGCGUGGCGUGGCAUGGCAUGUCGGGUAGACGGUGUGUGUGUGUGCGUGUGUGUGUGUGUGUCUGUAGUCCGUCGCUUCUCAGGAUUUGGCUGAGAUGUGAUCUUACUCCUCUUAAACUGCAGACCUAUCCUCCUGAAAACACACCAAUUGUAUCAUGCAUGCAUGGUGGCAGUGAAGAGGGGCGCUCGUGUUGUGUCUUUGUCUGUAGUGACAACCCAGACUGUUGUUCCCCCCUCUGACCAGGGGAUGGUGCUUUACUAUGCCCAGUAUGUUUCUAUGAGGAGACACCCAAAUACACUACAAUACUGAACUGUCAUACUGCCUUCAUGGCUUUUACAGGAAUAAUUCACACACACACACACACACACACACACACGCUCACACUCUUCGGCUACUGUACAUGCACACACAUGCAUUUCCCCUCUUUCUCUGAUGCAAUGUGUGUGUGUGUGUGUCAUUGUGUGACGGUUGGGGCGUAGCUUGAGCUCUGAUUGCAAAACACACUUGCAUAGUGUUGAAAUAACAGAAUAGGGAAACAGAAAGCACCCAGCUUAUUUCACACUACGUCUCCUUUAUGGGGGUCACAAAUGUAUGGCUUAAUUUUCUCCUGUGUCCCGGUGACCAUGCUUGAUGGACUCCGGCGGAGGCACGCCUCCCGGCCCUCAUCCCGACCCCUGUCACUCAACUUCAGCACCUUCUCUGCCCCUCCCCCGAGCCCAGACAUGGACAGCAGCAGUGAGCAUCCAAUCAGGAGGACUUUGCACCGGCUGAAGUUGAUGAGCUCCCCCAGCCUCAGCGAGCUGGGGAAGAGCGAGAAAAGUUCCCCAGAGGACAGAGGAGAGAAGCAGAAGAGGGCAGGAGCCAACGCCACCUGGAACAGUAUCCACAACGCUGUCAUAGCAGUCUUCCAGAAGAAAGGUUUGGCAGAUAAUGAACUCUACACUCUCAACGAAGGUGUCCGGCAUCUGUUAAAGACCGAGCUGGGGUUUUUCUUCACAGAGUACCUUCAGAACCAGUUGCUGACAAAAGGCAUGGUCAUCCUUCGGGACAAAAUAAGGUUCUACGAAGGUCAGAAGUUACUCGACUCCCUGGCAGAGACCUGGGACUUCUUCUUCUGUGAUGUUCUCUCCAUGCUGCAGGCAAUCUUCCAUCCGGUUCAGGGUAAGGAGCCCUCUGUCCGACAGCUAGCUCUGCUUCACUUCAGGAACACCAUAGUCCUGAGUGUGAAGUUAGAGGACGCCCUGUCUCGACCUCGGGCCCGUGUGCCUCCUUCUGUUACACAGAUGCUGCUUAUUCUACAGGGGGUCCAUGAGUCGCGCGGUGUGAACGAGGACUACCUGAGGCUCGAGUCCCUGAUUCAGAAGGUGGUCUCGCCUUACCUGGGCACGCACGGGCUUUACUCUGAAGACGGUGCUGAGGCCCAUUGCUGUGUUCUGGAGAAGCGCUUACCGUGGGGCUGCUCCAAGUCUGCGGAUCAACCUUCUAAAAACCCUGUGGUACGAUCUAAAAGCUACAAUAUCCCCCUGCUGCUGACCCCCGUGGCUGAGUAUGACCCAGAUGCCAGCUCUGUUGGCAGUGGAGGAAUUCGGCGCCACUCGGCCUGCGAGAUUAUAACAUGCCUGGAAGAACAAGGACUUGCCUACGCUGACUUGGCCUCAGGGUCUGAACUAUCUGGCCCCUCCUCCAACCGGCUGCGUGUGGGCUCUCACUUCAAUGGUAUUGUACAAGCGGGAGCGAGUGCCGUGGCCUUGCCUCUUUCGUCUCUUUCGUCUCCUUCUAUCCUUUCCCUUCAUUCCUCAGGAGCUCUGCACGGCACUGAGGCCACAACAACAAUGACUGAUCUCAGUAAGGGUGCAUCCUCCACGCCGCCCAGUGAAUCAUCCAGCCCUGAAACCAUAAUUGGACAAGUGCACGAGUCUGCAGACUCCGACUCAGAUGGGAUAUUUAUUGAUUUUCCACCUCACUCCUCAGAGGCUAUAGGGUACUGCCGCGAGAGCAGACAGAGCACUGUGUAGCUGUGGUUGCCUUUUAGGAGGGCAAAAUAUUUAAAAUAUUACAGUUACAUUUCAUUAAAUUGGUACCAUCUUCCUUUCUUACGAGUCUAUUCCAAGUGCUUUCACUGAUGAGUGGAAACCUCGCAGCUCUAAAAUGUCAACUUUUUAAGGAAAUAUAUUUGGUCCCACAACAUACAAAGCAAACAUACAAAGCAAAUCCUAGUGGGAUUAUUAAUAAGUGACUGAAUGUUUUACCAGGUUUUCAACUUGAGGAAAAUGUAGUUGUGAAUUUAUCCAAGCUUUUUAUCCUGAGCUUUCACAUUUUAUCAUAAACCUGAAUAAGUCAUAUUAGGGAUAAAUCUGGUGAUAUUUUAUAUUUCUUUUAUUGACAAAAGACUCCCUUGAAAAUACCAAAAUCAACAAUGAAUUGAUCCCAGGAAGUUUUGCCUCCCAUUGUUCUUGCCACUGCCACAGACCUCAGUUUGUGUCCUAAAUCUAAUAACACAUCAAACACCUGCCACAUGAUUCUUUAUUUGGAGAAACGUAGCCAGUGUAUUUUAUUUUGACUCAAUCCCACAUUCACAUCGAUGGUACCGUAAAUACUCACCAGAUCAUCAAAUGCUGAAAAUAGUCCCCAACAAAUGCACUAUUUACUCCUGUUAUUGGUGCUAAAAACUACAGUACCAAAGAAUUAUUCUGCUUUCUUGAAUUUUAAACUAUUUAUUUGGGGCCGAGUUUCUCCCCCUUAAAGGUUUUUUUUGAGGGAGUUUUUCCUGUUCCGAUGUGAGGGUCCCGGGACAGAGGAUGUUGCAUGUGUACAGAUUGUAAAGCCCUCUGAGGCAAAUUUGUGAUUUGUGAUUUUAGGCUAUAUAAGAUAAAUUUAAUCGAGUUUCACAGACACGCUGGGGAAGUCAAAGUAUUGAGUUAUGGACUAACACAUUGGUGGUUUUGGACUUUUCAUGAGAUUUGUUGACAAUGUCAAAAAUAUACAAUAUAGUCGAUAUUAUCCUUUAAUCCAUGAAGGAGUGUGUUAAUCCUUCAAAAUAAAUUAGAGUUAUGAGGUUUUCAAACAGCAUCAGUUUCUUACCUCUACUGAGGAGAUGGCUGUUAACAGCCACCAUUCAUCUGGAAAAGUGGCAGAAACUUACAAUAUUUAUCAUGGAUUUGUUUUUGUAUUUGUGUAUUUUGAGCCUCAUAACAGUUUUAUAUUUCAUGUUUAUGUUUUGUUGUCUGCCUCUUGGCAGUAACACAAUAAUGAGUUAUUCUGCUCUCUCUUUUGUGCGAUAUCUAUAAUGUGGACUGUUGAAUUGUUUUUUUAUCGUCAGCCGGUGUCAUAGAGGUUUAAUGCAAACAUCUCUUCUUAGAGCAACCAUCAGUGUGACUGCAUUUGCUUUUCAGUGUUGGCUCUGUACAGCAAGACUUUGAGGAAUGACUAUGUUUAUUGUUUACAUUUGAUAAAGACAUGAACAUUUUUGACUGAAUGUUGUCUCACACACUGUAUUUUGCACCACCACUACCUUGUAAAUAAAAAUGCAUUGCUGGCUUUUAGGACAGCUAGAUGGUGUAAAGUGAGCUUUUAUCUUUAAAUGAAUUGAGAUUUUAAUAAGGGCUUUUUAACUGAAUCUUUUUCAAACGAUGUUUCACCUCAAGCAUUUUGUACUUUACUUUUUUGACAAUCUAUAAUGUCUACGGAGUUGUACUUUGUAUUAAUUUGUUAUACCAGCCCAGAAAAAACUAAAUAAAUUUGAAUAGUAUUUGAAAA